AAUGGCUCCUACAGCAAGGCUGAGAGAGAAAGUAUGGGAAGGGGAGCUUUCUUUUGACUUUUGUGAAGAUCCAACCAUCUCGAGCGUUGAUAUCUUUCUCGAGAAUUGCAUCUAGCCCCCAGCGCUGCACCGCGUAGGGGAACUCUCAUGCCCUCACAUUACGAAUAGACCUAUCCCGAAGUCAUUGUCGAACGACAAGGCGUUAGUGGACAGCUCGAGACGCGGUUCGACCCUUGACGACCAACACCACCACCACCCGGACCACUCGAUUAGCCAACGCGCCAUUCGAGAACAAGCAGGGCACCAUGGCGUCGUGGAAUCUCUUGGAUGAUAAGGAGGAGCAGGAGCUGCAUAAGACGCGGCUGGUCAACAUCGAAGAGAAGCCGUUCAAACGAAUCACCAAGAGACUGGUGUCCAUCACCACAAUCGCAAACUCCCAGCUGAAGCAACAACCCACCCCGCCGCCCGAGGACGCCAACGGCGAGGGGGAAACCGACGGCGAUACGUCGAAGCAUGAGGCCGCCGCUAAGACCCUCCGCGAGAUCGACCAGAUCAAAGACGACCUCACGCUCGACUUCGCCGCCUUCGAUAGCAGCAUCGCCCGUCUGCAGUUCCUCCUCGACGCCAACGUCCGCGAGCGCGAGCGCUACAAGGCCGACCAGCAGCGCAUCCUCGAGGAGUGCCAGAGCGUCCGGGCCAACAACGCGCGGCUGCGCGAGCAGCUCGAGGGCGCCAGGGCCACGCUCGCCCAGCGCAAGGAGUAUGACAAGCUCGCCAACGCGCUCAUGGCUAAGGGCCUGCGGCCGCGCGGGGAGCAGGAGUCGAACCUGAAGAAGCUCGAGGAGGAGAUCCGCGACCUGGAGAAGGAGAGCGAGACGUACGCCGUCACCUGGCGCGAGCGCCGCGACCAGUUCAGCAAGAUCAUGGACGAGGGCAUGCUGCUGCGCAGGCAGAUCCGGGACGAGAAGGAGGAGGUCGAGAGGCGCGAGGGCAUGAACGAGGACGGCGAGGAGGACGGCGAGGCCUCGAGGGACGGGCAGACGCCCCGGCACGUCUCCAGCGGCAAUGUCACGCCGCACCCAGACAGCGGUGCGGCGCCGAGACCGACCUCGGCGCUGGAUGGCCAGUCGGAGGAGCAGGCGGACGGUCUCAAGCCGCGGCCGGGUGGCACGGGCAGCUUCUCGCGGUCUGGCAGCGCAGUCCCGAGCCAGAAGGGCACGCCCGGCCCCCAACAUGACGAUGACGAGAUUGAAGAGGGGGAGGAUGUCGAGAUGGAUGAUCAACAGGACGCUCAAAUCACUUCCGGAGGCGACACGCCCCUUAUCACGGUGGAUGCGCCCGACAGCAUGGAGGUUGACAACUAGACACGGGAAUCACAACGGACCCGGCGAGGCUCAUAGAUAGUUCAACUGAG